GCCGCACGCCCCUCCUCCUCAGCUCCCCUCCUUCUUUCCGAGCCUCUCUCGGCCCCCCGUCUCCGCUGGCCUAGUGGUGUGACCCGCCUCCAGCUGACCGGCCUGGAAUCCCGGCUAGGAGCCCCGGACUGCGCCCGCCCGCGCGCCCGCUCCCUCCCCUUCCCCCCCGCCCCGAGCCCCCCACGGUCGCCGCCGCUGCCGCCUCCGCCUCCUUCGAGCGGGGCCCAAGCCCAGCCGCCGCCACCGCUGCCGCCGCCGAGCUUCGCCGCCUCUGCCGCCGAGCACCAUGGGAGACGCCGGGAGCGAGCGCAGCAAAGCGCCGAGUCUGCCGCCUCGCUGUCCGUGCGGCUUCUGGGGGUCCAGCAAGACUAUGAACCUCUGUUCCAAAUGCUUUGCUGAUUUUCAAAAGAAACAACCAGACGAUGAUUCCACUCCAAGUACAAGUAACAGCCAAUCAGAUUUGUUUUCUGGAGAGACCACCAGUGACAACAACAAUACCUCGAUAACCACGCCAACUCUUAGUCCCAGCCAGCAGCCGCUUCUGACAGAACUGAAUGUAACUUCACCAAGUAAAGAGGAGUGUGGGCCAUGCACAGAUACAGCUCAUGUCUCAUUAAUCACACCUACCAAAAGAUCUUCUGGUACAGAUUCACAGUCUGAGAAUGAGGCUUCACCAGUGAAGCGGCCACGACUACUGGAGAAUACUGAACGAUCUGAAGAAACCAGCCGAUCUAAACAGAAGAGUCGACGUCGGUGCUUCCAGUGCCAAACCAAGCUGGAGCUGGUGCAGCAGGAAUUGGGAUCAUGUCGCUGUGGUUACGUGUUCUGUAUGUUACAUCGCCUCCCUGAGCAGCAUGACUGUACAUUUGACCACAUGGGCCGUGGCCGAGAGGAAGCCAUCAUGAAAAUGGUGAAACUGGACCGGAAAGUGGGGCGCUCCUGCCAGCGCAUUGGGGAGGGGUGCUCCUGAAGGCCGGGCACGGCCGCCACAUGACGCUGUUCUUAGUUCACUAAUGUUAGCCUUAUUUAGGACAGAGUCAGCCAGACACCUUGUACUGGGCACGCGUCAGACCACAGCCAGUCGUUUCCUUUCUUUAGCCAGCCAUCCUGGUACUGUAGUUUAGGGGUUGACGGUGGUUGAAAUUGAUUUCUGGCUGGUUCUAAGGUGCCUGCUAGCCAUUGUAUAAAAUUAAAACAUGAAGAAUAUUUUUUGUUUGAGCAUGGCUAGUGGAUUUAAAACAACACAUACCUGUUACUGCUGGAGUCAGACUUAUAAAAAGCCUUAAGCGGAAAGUGUACCAGACAGAGACUCUGAGUUAAUAGAGGAGUAGAAGCUGAUGUUAAAGUUCCCACAACGCACACGGCUCUGCCAGAAACUCUGGUUAAUGUCCGGCCUUUCACCUCUUCCCUUGUCUUUAGUCCUGGGAGCCAGGAUGCUGGAUGGCCACGCGUGCCUUGGCCACAGGAGGCUGCUGAGAUUGACUACGUGGCUUGGCUGGGUGGUGGCCUCGCUCUUCCACAGAGUUGGAAAUGGGGUUAGGGGAGCAGGUUCUUAUGAAAAUCUUAGGAAUUUUUUUACCCGACUUGCUAUGAAAAAACUCAUCACAUGAGAAGAGAAACAGUAACCUCACUUUGGAAAUUAGCUCCACUCAAGACUAGUCCAUGCACGAGAACCACCUUUCCACACGACCCCGUGGUCAGGGGGAGCAACCAGGGAGGGACACUUCCUGACCUUGCUGGCUCUGGUUUGCCCCUUGCCAAGUACAGGGGUCUGGCAAUGGAUCAAAUAAGGCUAAUUGCAGCACAGCAGCUGUGGCUGGGCUCCACAGACUGGCCUCUGCAACUAGAUUUCUAUAUUGGGAGUUUUUAAAAAGACAUUUCAUAGCCAACAGGAAUCACUAGAAAUGCUGGGAGCACCUGGGAAGCUGUGUCCACAGACUGACUCUGCCCCUUCCAGCAGGAGCCUGCUGCGCCCCCUGGGGGCCAAGGGAAGGAUGGCCUCGCCUCUCCAGCCCGUUCAGCCCUGUAGCCAAGGACAACCAGUCCACAUCCACCACACAGCAGGUUUAGUAGGGGAGGCAGCAUCUGCCCCAGGACAGUGGGUGUGAUUUGUCUAGAACUGUGGUUGGUGGCUGUGGCCCAGCUCCAAGAGACACUUGCUCCAGCAGGUGGCCAGGGGCACAUUUCGCAGCCUGUGGCACUUUGCCUGGGCAGAGAAGAGUGCAGCAGCUCAGGCCAGGUAGGGAAGGGAGGAGAUGGGCCUGUUUGCCCACGUUAGGAAAGAAUUACGCAUCAGGUGGGGGUGAGGUAAGUAGACAGGAUGAGCCGAGCAGGGUUGAGUGGCCCAGCACCCCUGUCUGGUCCAGGGCGGCAAGAGUCGAAGGCUCCUGCAGAGGCAGUUCGCAUCUGCCCACCCCCAGGCCACUGGAAGGGUUUAACCCAGCAACUUGCCCUUUUAUACUGCAACAAGAAUUUCAACUCUGUCUGCAAAUUAGUACCUGCAACUGCAAAUGUUUUUGAUCCAAAAUACUGAAAGAGAAAAUCAUGCUCUUCCCAACCUUCUCUUCCCCCACUCCCACCCCCACCAGAGUGGAAUCCGCUGCAAAAUCUCCAGCCUUAAUUCUUGCUUCAGGACCCAGACCGGUGUCUUGCUCUAGGGCAACCCAGGGCAGAGGGCCAGGUCUGCCCACGUUUACCACUGUUUGUCAAGCCACGGCCCUCCGGACAGUCCAUGGCCACCCUCAGUGAGGCGGGCCACUUAGGCCCCUGCCAAGCUCUGAUUCCGAAGAGGCCACCCAAGAGCCCUCUGCCCUCCUCAGGCCCCACCUGCUGCUGCUUGGAGGCAGCGAUGGGGAGCUGGCACUCGGGGCUCGCUGCCCACAGUCACUUCCUGACGGUAGAGCUGGGGGAGGGGCUUGUUCCCCUGCAGUAUCUGUUCUGUGGAGUUUCUUAAAUGUAAGGAAGCUUAAAUUCCGUAUCUUUAAAAGAGAAAAUCUUAUUUAACCCUUUUGUGUUCUAGAUUUACUUACACACAUAGCCUAGAGCUCAGUUUUAGUUUUAACAUUGUGAAAUAUUAAAAGAAUCUUGUAACUUUAUUCUUUUUUCUCCUGCUGAAAAAAAAUUAAACCAAUCAUAUAAAAGCUUGG